AUGAGCGAACAAAUCAAUGAAUUCUAUGAACAGGACAAACAUUUAAGAGAGCAACAACAACUGAACGAUUUCCUUGCAAAGGACGAACUUGUAAAAGAGGAACAACAACAGAUUGCUGAUCUGCAAAACAAGUUGACGAUAAUGAUUCAAAGUCAGUUAGAAACAAACCGACGAAACAUAGCAUUGACGAUAAAACAAAGGUAUGAAUACGAGAAGCAAGAUGAACUUCACAGAGAGGAACGACAACGUUUAACCGAGUUGGAAAAUCAAUUAGAAACAAGCAGGCAUGAUUUGGGUAAAAUGAAAAAACGAAUAACUGCAUUUAAAAAAGAAGGUGAGCUAUUAAGAAGAGACAAUCAAGAACGAGUUUCGCAUCUGCAAAGUCGGUUAGAAAUCAUCCAGCAAGAGUUUGCAUUCAUGAGAGAACAGACGAAUGAACUCGAAAUUCAAGAGGAACGUCUGAAAUGGGAACAUCAACGAGCUAUUCAACUGCAGAGUCUGUUAAAUACAAACGAACUCGAAUUGACAGCAAUGAGGGAAGAACUGAUUGAAUUUAAUAAACAGGAAGAAACACUAAGAGAAAAACAGCAGCGAGUUACUGAACUGCAAAGUCAGCUUAAGGAAAACGAGAAUGAAUGGACAGUAAUUAUGGAACAACUAAAUAGAUAUCAGGGACAAGAAGAACAAUUAAAAGAAGAGGAACAGCGAGUUACAGCUGGAGUUACUGAAAUGGAAAGUCAGUUAGAAAUAAGCCAGCAGGAACUGGAGACAAUGAAGGAGAAACUGAAUGGAUUUCUAAUGCAGGAAAAACAAUUAGAACAAGAAAAACAGAGAAGCACUGAACUAAAAAACACGUUAGAAAUAAAGCAACAACAAUUGAAGAGAAUGAGGGAACUACUAAACAAAUUCCAAAGACAAAGCGAACAAUUAAAAAAGGAAAAACAACAAGUUACUGAAAUGCAAAGCCAGUUAAAAACAAAGAGGCACGAAUUAACAGAUCUUGAAGAAAAACUCAGAGAGGAACGACGACGAAUUUUAGCGCUGCAAAAUCAGUUAGAAACAAACCGACAAGAGUUGGCAAGGGACAGAGAACAGCUAAAUGGAUUUAAAGGAAAGGAAAAGUUACUAAGGAAGAAAAAACAGCACGUUUUGGAGCUGCAAAAUCAGUUAGAAACAAACCAAAAAGAGUUAAUAACAAUACGAGAUCAACUGAAUGAAUUUCAUAAACAGGAGGAACUACUCAGAGAGGAACGUAAUCGAAUUAUUGAACUGCAAAAAGAACUUGACGUAAUCGAACUUGAUCGAGCAGUAAUGGAAGAACAACUAAAUGGAUAUCAACAAGAAGGCGAACAAUUAACAGAGGAACAUCAACGAGUUAUUAGACUCCAAGGUCAUUUAAAAGAAAACCAGGAGGAACUGAGAAGAAUGAGAGAACAACUGAAUCGGUUACCAAGACAAACUGAACAGUUGAGAGAGGAACAAAGAAGGGCUUCUGAACUAGAAAAUCAAUUAGAAACAAACCGACAAGAGUUGAUAAAAAAACGAGAUCAACUGAACGAAUUUCUUAAGAAGGAGGAACUACUUAGAGAAGAACAUAAUCGAAUUAUUGAACUGCAAAAAGAACUUGAAGUAAUCGAACUUGAUCGAGCAGUAAUGGAAGAACAACUAAAUGGAUAUCAACAAGACUUUGCUGAACAAUUAACAAAGGAACUUCAUGAAGGGGUUGUUGGACUCGAAGGUCAUUUAGAAGAAAGCCAGGAGGAACUGAGGAGAACGAGAGAACAACUGAAUCGGUUACAAAGACAAUGUGAAGAGUUGAGAGAGGAACAAAGAAGAGCUUCUGAGCUAGAAAAUCAGUUGGAAACAAGCCAACAAGAGUUGAUAACAAUGCGAGAUCAACUGAACGAAUUUCAUGAGCAGGAGGUACUACUAAGAGAGGUACGUAAUCGAAUUAUUGAACUGCAAAAAGAACUUGAAGUAAUCGAACUUGAUCGAGCAGUAAUGGAGGAACAACUAAAUGGAUAUCAACAAGAAGUUGAACAAUUAACAGAGCAACAUCAACUAGUUGUUAGACUCGAAGAUCAUUUAGAAGAAAACCAGGAGGAACUGAGGAGAACGAGAGAACAACUGAAUCGGUUACAAAGACAAUGUGAAGAGUUGAGAGAGGAACAAAGAAGAGCUUCGGAACUAGAAAAUCAGUUAGAAACAAGCCAACAAGAGCUGACGAGAAUAAGAGGACAACUGAAUGAAUUUCAUGAACAGGGCGAAAUACUGAGAGAAGAACAACAACGAGUUCUCGGACUUCAAAAUCAGUUAGAAACAAGCCAACAAGAGGUGACGAGAAUAAGAGAACUACUGAAUGAAUUUCAUGAACAGGGCGAAAUACUGAGAGAAGAACAACAACGAGUUCUCGGACUUCAAAAUCAGUUAGAAACAAGCCAACAAGAGGUGACGAGAAUAAGAGAACUACUGAAUGAAUUUCAUGAACAGGGCGAAAUACUGAGAGAAGAACAACAACGAGUUCUCCGACUUCAAAAUCAGUUAGAAACAAGCCAACAAGAGCUGACGAGAAUAAGAGAACAACUGAAUGAAUUUCACGAACAGGGCGAACUACUGAGAGAAGAACAACGACGAGUUCUUGGACUUCAAAAUCAGUUAGAAACAAGCCAACAAGAGGUGACGAGAAUAAGAGAACUACUGAAUGAAUUUCAUGAACAGGGCGAAAUACUGAGAGAAGAACAACAACGAGUUCUCGGACUUCAAAAUCAGUUAGAAACAAGCCAACAAGAGGUGACGAGAAUAAGAGAACUACUGAAUGAAUUUCAUGAACAGGGCGAAAUACUGAGAGAAGAACAACAACGAGUUCUCGGACUUCAAAAUCAGUUAGAAACAAGCCAACAAGAGCUGACGAGAAUAAGAGAACAACUGAAUGAAUUUCACGAACAGGGCGAACUACUGAGAGAAGAACAACGACGAGUUCUUGGACUUCAAAAUCAGUUAGAAACAAGCCAACAAGAGUGGACGAGAUUGAGAGAACAGUUAAAUGAAUUCCAACGGCAAGGUGAACAACAAGGGGUUAUUGAAUUAACCAAUCAACUGCAAACAAUUCAACAGCAAUUGACGACGGGCAGAGAACAGCUUAACAGACUAAGAAGACAAGACGAAGGACCCAGAGGGAGGCAGCAACGUGCAGUUCCUGAAAUGCUAACUCAGGAUUGUGACUGGAUCAUCUAUCGGCGUGAAAUUGUCACUGAAAACUGUGAAGAGCUUGGACGCGGGGCGUGGGGCGCUGUUUUUCGAGGAAAAUUUCGCGGUUGUGAUGUUGCUGUAAAAGAAUUGCACGCAAAUAUAAUUUCGGAUAACAACAGGCGUUUGUUUGAGCGAGAAAUCGAAAUUGCCUCAAAAUGUCGUCAUCCAUGUUUGUUACAGUUCAUUGGCGCGACUGCAGAUGAUGGAAUCCCACUUCUAAUAACGGAAAUUAUGGACCGCAGCUUAAAAAGUAGGCUAUUUAAUGUUGACGAACCAGCCCUUACUUCCCCGGAAGUUUGUGUUAUUUCAUUGGACGUUUCUCUAGCUCUGAAUUAUCUGCACCAGGAACGCGAACCCCUCAUCCACCAUGACGUCAGUAGUGGAAAUGUGUUAUUAUGGCGACAAGGUGACCAAUGGAGAGCCAAAGUGUCUGAUUAUGGCACUGCUAAUUUUGUACGCCAGAGCACUAUCAAUUACGCAGGAGCUGCGAUCUAUCAAGCACCGGAGUGCCUUAAUGGAAAUAUUAAUCAACCAUUAAGCUGCAAGGUCAGUGAAAGUCUUGAUAACUCACCGCGUAGCAAUGUGACAUAGUCCAUUGCAUUCCUGUGAAUUCUGCGAGAUUUCAAUGUGAAUAUGUCUUGUCUGAGGCCUGGUUCAGACGCCGUACUUCGCACGAGCCAAAUCGGGUUCGAAUUUAGGCCGAGCCAAAUUAAUUUAGGUCGGCUGAAUUGAUUCCGACACCAAUCUUCAUUUAGCUGAAAUAAAUUCCAAAGGGGGAAACCAAAAUAUACUUUAAAAUGUAUGAUAUAAAUGGAUGCAAUUGGUUUGGCUUAUGUGGAGUUCGGGGUUCAAAUUAACGCCAGUUUUAUAGCCUGAGCCGGAAUGCAUUAUAUUGGCCAUAAUUUUCCCUACACACUCCAUUUGAUGUGGCUUCUGAACUGCCAUCCGUCCGUCCAACCAUCCACCCAUUUCUUAGUUCUUUCUUUUUUCUUUUCUGGGGGGUGCGGGGGGUAAAAGGAAUAUUAGAUUACCACUGAAGGGCCAAACGGAGAGUAGUUUAACCCGACUAAGAAAGCAUUUUCGCAUGUGAAAGGAAAAUUUCCACUUUAAGUACAAUCUGUAAAUCUGCUGUGCUGUGACUCACACUGCCAGCAGAUUGAUGCUCCCUCCGAGUUAAUGGGUCCCUGUACUGGACCUAUAAAAAUUGAAAUCUAAGCCAAAUUUUCGGGACACUAUUGCAAACAUCCCACUAAACCUGAUUGAGGCAAAUAAGACAGGUUGUGAAUCCGUAAAAUACCCGAUAAUGGCGAAUAAGUACUAAAAAUGUGGAUCAUUUUGAGGAUAUUAUCAAAACCUUCUGCGAACUUUGGAUGAAGAAAAUGAGUCCAAAUGAUGGACGCAAAUGACUUACUGGAACACUAUUUUCUUUAUAAUUAGGUUGAUGUGUAUAGUUUUGGUGUCCUCCUCUGUGAAAUGUGCAUCAGAGAACAACCAGACCCGAGGAUUCGCGAGGGACAAAUAGAGCGGAUUAUUGACUGUCACCAUAAAGACCUUGCGAGGCGAUGUGUACAGAGAGAGCCUUGGGCGAGGCCAAAUAUGGACACGAUUAUUGAAGAACUGGAGAGACCAGGUGAAAGAACAUCUCGCAUAUGAUAUUUUCUUUCGACUUGUUUUAUAACGUUUUUUUCAUUUCAUAAAAUUUUUUUUAAUUAAAAAAUUGCUUGUUUUUAACCUUAUUCAAAUAUACAAAAGCAAUGACUGUUAGAUGAAUUUGCUCUAUUGUAAUUUCCAAUAAAUAACGUGGGUAGGUAUUGUCAUUGAUCAGCACCGUUUCCAGGAAAUCUCAUAUUAGUUUUGUUUCUAAAAAAAUCUCGAAAACUGUGGGGAUUAUUGCAAAAGCUUGCUUUUAUCUAUCAUCCAAAUCGUUGCUGACCUUAUAUUACUCUCUACUAUAUCCCUACCUAACGUACUGUAAUGUUGCCUCGUCGUCCACCUAUUGCUCUAACCUUAACUGUAUUUACCUUUUGUAAAAUCGCAUGGAGCGGCUUAUAUCCAAAGCUCACUAUCUAGCAAAUGCCACCACAUUAUUUAGCAAACUUAAAGCCCUUGACAUAUAUAACAUUAGUUCUUUUUCUUUUAAGACAUUAUGUAUUCCUAUCACCAUAAUCUUUUGCCUAGUAGCUUUCGUAACCUCUUUUUAAUUAGUAGCCAGCUUCACCAUUCUGAAACUCGACUAGCCUCUCAGUAUAGACCUCAUUUUUGUAGAACUAAUACCCCGGGGGGUACUUGGGUUAAUGUUUGCUGGGUAUGUGCCGCUGGCCCCUUAGAGCCCCUACCCCAUUAUAGUCUAUUUUUUGGCCAAUUAUAGACCCCAUCUUAGUCACUUUUUGGAAAAUGUAAUUUUCGCGAUCCCAACUUAGUCACUUUCUAUUUAUGCAUCCUGACCUUAUCAAUGUGGUUUCAAGCGGCGGAAUGUAAUGCGGUCAGUGCGAGCUUAUAGUUAAAUUUAAUAAACAACAACUUUCUGAUUUUAUAACCGAAAAUCUUCCCAUUUUGAAUCCCUCCUUACCCCCAAAAUCCUAAAAUUUGCGACCCCAUUCUAGUAAAUCUAUUGAAAAUGCGACCCCAUUAUAGUCACUCCAGUCGUGAAAAUGCUACCCCAUCCAGCGGCACAUCCCCAUUAGCCUCUUGUAAGGGAGUAACCCCCCCCCCGGGAACUAAUAUUAUACCGAGCGGUUCAGUAGGACUAACAAUCCUGGAAUUCUUUGCCAGUUACACUAACCAGCUCCUCUUCCAUAUUUUUUUAAAAUAUCUGAAAAAUUAUCCGAUGAUAGCCGUUUUGGCUUUAGGUUUAAGUGCAAUCAAGUAAGCCUAUGUAAUA